AUGUCAGCCUGUGAAUCUCAAAAACCGGAGGUAUCAAAAGACAAUGUAUCAACAAACUCUACAGACGAGGGAUUGCCUCGAGAAUUGAGUCAACUUAGCCUUUCAAGUGGUUCAAAUUCAGAUGAAUUCCAUUGUAAUAAAGGACAUUCCGAAACAACAAUGAAAAAUAUCUACGGAUACUAUCAAUCCCAAAAACUUUGUGACGUUGCUUUAAUCGCUAGCGGUUGUAGGAUACCAGCACACAAAGUUGUAUUAGCAUCAUGCAGUGAAUACUUUGCAGCAAUGUUCACUGGCUCUCUAAGAGAAGCUCAAUCAUCAGAAAUAACUCUUGAGAGAGUUGACUCACAGGCACUUAGAUCACUUGUACACUAUUGUUAUACAGGCAUUAUAGAGUUAAGUGAAGAUACUGUUGAGAUACUCCUAUCAACAGCGAGCUUGUUGCAAUUGCAUUCGGUAACAAAAGCAUGUUGUGAUUUUCUUGAAAAGCAAUUGGACCCGUGUAAUUGUUUAGGAAUCGCUUUAUUUGCUGAACAACAGUCAUGUAUGGGUUUACAUAAAAGUGCUUUGGAAUAUACAUACCAACAUUUUAUGCAGGUUGUAAAACAACAAGAAUUUCUAACUUUGAAUGUGGAUCAAGUGGCAAAUUUACUUAAAUGUGAUGAUCUCAAUGUUAUGACCGAGGAAAAUGUAUUUGAAAGUCUCAUGGCCUGGGUGCAGCACGAUAAUGCUAAUAGAAAACAACACCUGCCAGCAUUAUUAAAACUAAUUAAACUGCCACUUUUAUCAUCGGAAUAUCUUAUAGACAAAGUUGAGCAAUUAUGUGGCGAGGUCACAGAGUGUCAACCGCUUAUAAUGGAAGCAGUGAAAUGGCAUCUUCUACCUGAAAGGAGAUCAAUGUUGUUUUCUAAUAGAACAAGACCGAGGAAAUCUACGAUAGGGAGGCUCCUGGCCAUUGGAGGAAUGGAUGGAUAUAAGGGUGCCAGCAAUAUGGAAAUGUACGAUCCACGUACAAAUACUUGGACGCCGUUUAUGAAAAUGGGUGCUAGAAGACUUCAAUUUGGUGUUGCUGUGAUGCAAAACAAACUUAUAGUUGUUGGAGGACGAGAUGGAUUAAAAACUUUAAAUACAGUGGAAUGUUUUGACCUCACAUCUCUAAGUUGGAGUACCCUAGCUCCUAUGAACACUCACAGACAUGGCUUGGGUGUAGCUGUUCUUGGUGACGGACCCAACUCACCAAUAUACGCUGUUGGCGGACACGAUGGAUGGAUAUACUUGAAUUCAGUUGAAAGAUGGGAUGCUUGUUCACGUACAUGGACAAUGGUGUCAGCUAUGGCGGGUGCUCGUAGCACGUGUGGCGUAGCGGCGCUACGAGGCCGCCUCUACGCGGUGGGGGGGAGGGAUGGUGGUGCCUGUCUACGAUCCGUUGAGUGCUACGAUCCAGCUACCAACCACUGGACAAAUUGCGCACCGAUGACACACAGACGUGGUGGUGUUAGUGUUUGCGCUGCAGGCGGGUAUAUAUACGCGUUAGGGGGACACGAAGCCCCCGCUAACACUGUGGGUGGAAGGCUCGCGUGUGUGGAGCGAUAUGACCCCAUCACUGAUAGCUGGGUGCUACUGGCGAGGCUGUCUUACGGACGAGAUGCAAUAGGAAGUUGUCUACUGGGAGACAGAAUAGUCGCUGUCGGUGGUUACGACGGCGUGCAGUAUCUCUGUGUGGUUGAGGUUUACGACGCGGAGGCCAACACUUGGAAGAAGCUGUCACCAUUGAGUACCGGCAGGGCGGGGGCUGCGGUUGUAGCGGUGCCACCUCCACGCAACCUCUUGUGA